UUUGUUUAAUUUCAUAUUUUUUGUACUGGGGAUUGAACUCAGGGGUGUCUAACCACCAAGCCACAUCCCUAGUCCUCAUGUUUCUUUUUUACUAUAUCUUACUCAUUUUCUGAUUGGUUUUGUUUGGAUCUGGACUGUCCCCCAAGGUCUGUGUGUUGAAGACUGGUCCCCACUGGUGGUGCUCUGGGGAGGUGGUGGACAUCUAGAGAGGCAAGGCCUGCUGGAAGAGGUGGGCCCUGGGCAUGUCCUGGAAGGUUCAUCUUAUUCUGAGCUCCCUCUCCUGUUGCUGCUUCCUGGCAGCCAUGAGCUGACUGCUGUCCUCCACCAAGCCCUUGUGCCAUGUUGUCCUGCCUCACCUGAGGCCAGAGCAAGGGAGGCACCAACGGAGACCUCUGAAACCAUGACCCCUAAUAAAUCGUUCCUUCUUUAAGUUGAUUUUAUUAGGACCAUCCCCUGCCAUGUUGUGGGGGAUUGAACCGGUGCCCCUCACAUGCUAAGGAGAGGGUCUCCCAGACCUGCAUCCCAAGCCUGAUCAUCCCAGGCUUUGCCACGAGACAGAAAGCUGACUAACAGACACCAUUCUCUAAACUGUUGGAAAGUGAUUCUCUUUGUGUGUCCUUUAGAAGGUCUCUAUUUCUGCCCUCCAGCCCACUGAUUAUAGCACUUAUUCUAUAUAACCCACCACUGACCUUCUUCAGAGGGUCCUCCAGCCCUACUCUUGGUACCUAUAAUAUGCAAUCCUCCUUCCUCUCAGGCUUUCUGUAAGACUUUGGGUGAGCCUCAGGAUUGUGGAUUCAUUUCUAAGUUUGGUUGUGCUUCUUAGUGCCUUUUAGGCUUCUGUGUGACUUCUUGUUUUCAUGGAAUACAGCCAUGAUAUGUUUUAAUGUCCUUGUUUGCUCAUUUUGACAAUGAAGUCAGUUGCAGGUGAUUUGUCCUUGUUUGGGGAUGGGAGUUUUUGCUUCUUUACUUGCCUAGUUUCUUUGAACUCAUGCUAGGCAUUGUGAAUUUUACCUCUCUGGGUGCUGUAUAUAUAUAUUUUUAAUUCCUACAGAUCUUCCUGAAUUUAAUCUGAAGUCAUUUGUGUGGCUUGACUCCGGUUAAGUCUUUUCAGGUCUUGCUUCUGUGGUUUCCUAGAUGGUGUGGGUGCGGUCUGGUCUAGUGACGACUGGUUCUCAUCACUGAGAGUGUCGGGUACACCUGCCACUGUCCUGUGGGCAUGGAACCUUUCCCACCUGCCUGUUGUGAAUGGGACUCUCACACCUGUUGUGAGUACCGGGUGGCUUUCCACUUCAUUCUCCUGGGGUUUCUCUUCAUCCUUGGGUGGUUUUGUUAUAUGCUUAUGUGACAAACUCUAGGCUGAGAACACAAAGGUGCCCUCUCUGGUCCUCCAGGGUUUUCUCUGUCCUUCUCUUGCGUCUGGUGCCCUCUCCUGAGAACCUGACCACCAUGGCCGUCCUGCUAUCCCCUCUCUUCUGUCAGCCUCCCCCGACUGCCCUGGAGCUGUGUCCUGCUGUGCUGUGUUCUGGGAGUUGCUCAGUGGUGGCCAUUUCCAUUCCUUCCCUGUCUCUCUGGGAUCCAGCAUUCACUGCUUGAUGUUUGGUCUUAAACAUCAGCUUCCUGUAUUAAAUUUUGGGUGGGAGUUGUUUCAGGUGGAAGGUCAUUCUGGUCCUGUUAAUACAACUUGGCUUUAUUGUUUUAUUUUUUUAAAAAAUCAAAAUAAAAGCAGCACUUUCUUUCUUAAAAGUGCGUGCACCCAGCAUAGUACGUCCACAUUUCUUUUCUGAGCAUCUCUUUUCCUUCCCAUAGGGGGUCGUUUCUUCUGACUCACAUUCUAGUUCAUGGAUUCUCUUCAUCUGGGCCUCAACUGUUGUUAAAACCAUUCAGUGGUUUUGAAUUUUGGUUUUUGGGCUUUUCAUUUCUAUAAUUUCUAUGAUGAUUCUUUUCACAUUCUCCUUGGUCAAAUUUACAGCUUCUAGUCAUUGCAAACAGUCGACAAGCCUUUGACCCCCUUGAGCCUACUCAUAGUCAGCGUCCUUCUUUCAUGUUUUCUGGCUGGUGAUCCAGGCAUUGGGAUUUCUUGUGUCUGUUUUCCUGCUGUUUCUCUGUCAUGGUGCACAUCUCGUGCUUCUUUCUGGCCAUCUUUGCUCGUGUGCUGGAAAAGAGGUCUGUGAAACAUCCUUAGCCUCAUGGACAAUGCUCUCAUUGCCCUAAGAGGAGCUCACUGGGCUUUUUUCCAGGUGCAUGGGCACACCAGCCACUUGGAGUUACCUUCGGUUGCCUUCAGGGCUUGAGAACUUGAGAUUUUCCAGGUUCAAGGUUUGAGUACCCAGUUGAUCCAGAGUUGGGCUGUGGCCAUUAAAGGACUGAUUUACCUAGGAUUCACCCUUAUUUCUGGGGAGCAUCCCUUUUUAUUUCAGCCAGAAGCAGGUGUGGUUGACCACAGUUCACCCCUUGCUGGGUCCUAACUCCUAUUUUGUUUCAGUAGCCUCAAAAGGACAGACCCCUUUGCCGCUGUUUCUGCAAGGGCAGCACCCACUCAGAUGGGGAAGGUCAUUGUCUCCUUGCUCCCCAGAUCUCACUGUUCUGGUGAGUCCUUACCGCAUUAUAAGUGUCUCCUGCUUCUGGAGAUGGCUUUAUGUUUUGUCAUUGUUUUGGUCUGGAUAUGAAGUGACCCCAAGGAAGGCUUGUUCUCCUGAUGGUGGCACUCUUCAGAAGUGGUAGGAACUUUAGGGGACAUGUGACCUUGAAGGCACUAGCUUGCCCUUGGCCCUUUCCUUUCUCUUUCUUUGCUUCCUAGCUAUCAUGAUGUGAGCAACUCUGCUCCACCAUGUGUCCCCUGCCAUGAUGCUUCCUUGACAAAGGUCCCAAGCCACAGGACCAAGUGACCGUAGAUUGAAAUCUCUGAAACCAUGAUCCAAAAGGAAUCUUUCCUUUUUAAAGUUGAUUUUCUCAGGUAGUCUGUCACAGUGAUGGAAAGUGGAUUAACACACCACUGCAAUUAGAUAUCGAAGCUCCAUAUCUAUCAGGAUUUGAUUCUGGGUUUCAUUCCUAUAAUAAACUGAAUAUUUGUGUUUUCCCCAAAUUCAUAGGUUGAAUUCCUAACUCCCUGUGUGAUGGUAUCCAGAAGUGGGGUCUUGAGGAGGGGAUUAAGUCAUAACCCUCCCCCUGUCUGUACCAUGUGAGGUCAGCAACAGCAGGCAGUAGUCUGCAGCCCAGGAGGGCCCUCCCUAGUCCCUGACCAUGCUGGAUCCCGGACCUUGGGCUUCUAGCCUCCAGAAAAUGCAGAAUAAAUUUCUGUUGUUGACAUCCCCUCCAGUCUCUGGUAUUUUGUCAUAGCAACUUGAACUGAUGAAGACAAUUCCAUUAUCUGUCCCAGCCUAUGCCCCCCUAAUGUUUUAAUUACUGCAGAAUCAUAAUAAAUUUUGGUGUCUUGUAGGGAAAUUUUAUCUGCCUUAUUCUUCUUAAAUUUUUACCCUUCCACAUGAAUUAUUAAUUUUUUUAUACUAGGGAUUGAACCCAAGGGCACUCAGCCACUGAUCCACAUCCUCAGUCCUUUCAUUUUUCAUACAUUUUUUAUCUUGAGAGAGGGUCUCACUAAGUUGCUGAGGGUGGUUUUGAACUUGAGAUUCUCCUGCCUCACCCUCCCCAGUCACUGCUGGGGUUACGGGCCUGCACCCAACAUGAAUUAUAACUUUUAAAACCAGCUUGUAGAGUGCAUUUAAAGACCAUGCCAGGAUUUUGUUUGGAAUUGCCCUAAUUUUUCUCAUUUUUGUUAUGUAAUUCUUUGGAAUCCUGUAUCUUGAUGAUAACAAGACUUGUCAAAACUAGCUGGGAUGAGUAUAUUUUACUGUGUGUAAAUGAAGCCUCAAUUAAAAAAAUAAAAGGUUUUCACAGGGUAUGGCACAGGUGUGAGAGACAAUGAUUCAACCAAAUUGAGUUGGCCACGGAGAAAGCUGGGGAUACCAGGCUGGGUAAGAAGUUCUCAGAGCUGGAAGAUCGAGGUGUGACUAUGGGAUGGAAUGCCACACCUACAAGAGUUGGGCUGGGUGUUCUGUCACAUGCCUAGAGUGGGCGCCAUCACGUGUCCUCCUGGGGCUGCAGUCAUUGGUGGGAGCAUGUCCUGCUGCAGGGCUCAGGCGCUGUCACGUGUCUGGCUCACGCGCCCUCACCGGCUGGGGGCGCUGUCACCUGCAACUACGUACUCGCCUGCUGCGCAGGCUCCUCCAUGGCCGCCCCUGCAUCCGGCCUGGGCGCAUCCCGACGCGCUGCCCUGGGGUUCCUGCUGCUAGUGCUUCUGCUCCUGCAGACGCCCCUGGCCCGGGCCACCGCCGCGGCCCACCAACACCUUAAGAGCUCGGGGGACUCCCUGAGCAGUGCUGUGGCCUGUGGCCGGCGCGCGGUGCAGGGCAAGAUCCUGGGCGGUGUGUCCGCGCCCCCGGGGAAGUGGCCAUGGCAGGUCAGCGUGCAGUAUGCCGGCUUCCACGUGUGCGGGGGCUCCAUCCUCAACGAGUACUGGGUGCUGUCGGCCGCGCACUGCUUCGGCAGGGACAAGAGCAUCCAGAUCUUUGACAUGUACGUGGGCAUCGUCAACCUCCUGGUGGCCAACGAGCACACCCAGUGGUUUGAGGUGAACCAGGUGAUUCUGCACCCCAACUACGAAAGGUACCACCCCGUGGGGGCUGAUGUGGCUCUGGUGCAGCUGAAGACCCGCAUUGUGUUUUCCGAUGCCGUCCUUCCGGUCUGCCUGGCACCUCCUGAUGUGAACCUCACCAACCUUUCUUGCUGGGCCACUGGGUGGGGAGUGGUCACGCAGCAAGGUCACACCACGGAUGAGCUGCAGGAGGUCCAGCUGCCGCUGGUCUCCAAGGCUCUGUGUGCACUGCUGUACAGACACUCGUCCUAUAUCCUGCCAGACAUGCUGUGUGCUGGGGACCUCUUUAACGUGAGGACUGUGUGCGAGGGUGACUCUGGGGGGCCACUGGUCUGUGAAUUCAACCACACAUGGUUGCAGAUUGGAAUCGUGAGCUGGGGCCGCGGAUGUACCCAGCCCUUGUUCCCUGGAGUGUAUGCCCGGGUCUCCUAUUUCUCAAACUGGAUCCGUUAUAACAUAGAAAUCACACCCAUUCCUCCUCAGCCGACCCCUGCUCUCUGCCCCAUCCUGGAAGUCACUGUUGGUGUCCUUGUGGCCAUUCUGGUGGGCCUGUUAGUGUUGUGAGGACCGAGACCACCCCAAGCUUCCUCAUGGAUGCACGCCCUGCUUCAAUCCAGCUGCAGCCUGCCGGGUCCCUAUGCUCCUCCUGGCAGUCUCUCCAGAGCCAGGUGAGGCGAGGUGCCGUGGGCCAUAGGUGGGUCUCUCAGGGGAGGCUUAGGGGCUUCCCAGGAGGGCAGAGGAGAUGCAGCAGGAGAGCCAGGAGCUUUGGUAAGGUUAUUAAAUAUUUAUGAAGCAAGCAUCUCAGCACUUCUGUACUGGUCUUUCUGCCCCAGGGUUGCAGCAGAUUCCUUCAGAGUGAGUGUCCGUGCAGAGAAGGGUCCACCUGUCCCCUGUACAUCCACCUUCAGAGUGAGGCAGCUCCCAUAGCAUGUAAGGAAGAGCCCAGACCAAAUGGAGCCUUUGUAGGAAGGACUACCCAGAGGCCAGUGUGAGUCUGUGGGCUGUAGUUGGAGCUGAGGCAAGAGGGAAGGGCAUUGUCUGAAUAUUUAAACCUGCAAACAGAAAGGAGUUCCUGAAGACAUUUAAACAUCCAGUUUGAAAAACUGGAAAAGGUGAAGGAACCGGAGGAUCUGUGCAGAAACUAAUGAGCCCAAAUCAAAACAUACCACAGCUGGCAGUCAGCCCUGCCUCUCCACAUGUCUAGCACCCCAGACUCACCAGCUUCAGAUGGAAAAUACUCCUCCCAAAAUUUUGUCUCUAUUAACUAUGAACAAACUUACUUUUCUUGUCAUUUCCUAAAUGAUACAGUAUAACAGCUAUUUACAGAAUAUUUAUAUUGUAUGAGGUGUAGUAAGCCACCUAGAGAGGAUGCAAACUGCACAGAGGAUUGCCUGGGUUACAGGCAAAUACUGAGCCUUUUACACAAAAACUUGAAUUUUGGUACCUGCAGGGGGUCCUGGAACUAACCCUCAAGGACACCAAGGGACAACUGUAUUUCAAAAUGCUGCUUUUAAAAAAGAAAAAAAAACUAAAACGUGUGUAGUGUCAGGGGAGAGGGGAUUACUAACCUAAUCAAGAAAGAAAUGAGAACAAGAACA